UUUGUGUGCACUCUUGUUUCCUUUUGUGGAUCUUCUUAUGCUUCACUGUUAUCGUCUUCAACAAAUACAUCAUUGACCGAAAUCUUUUCAACUGGCCAUUCCCAAUCUCCCUCACCAUGGUUCACAUGUCUUUCUGCUCAAUCCUAUCUUUCCUCCUCGUCAGAGUCUUUUGAGUCGUCGACUCUGUCUCAAUGUCUCGAGACCUCUAUGUCUCCUCCGUCGUCCCCAUUGGUGCUCUCUACUCCCUCAGCCUCUGGUUCUCCAACUCUGCUUACAUUUACCUCUCCGUCUCCUUCAUUCAAAUGCUUAAAGCCUUGAUACCCGUUGCCGUGUAUGCCAUAGGCGUCGGCCUCAAGAAAGAAGUGUUCAAAUCUGAUGUCAUGGCUAAUAUGAUCACCAUAUCAGUUGGUGUCGCCAUUGCCGCUUAUGGAGAAGUUCAUUUCAGUGUCUGGGGUGUGUUCUUUCAGCUGUCUGCAGUUGCAUUUGAGGCCACCAGAAGUUCAUUUCAGCUGUUCUGAUUCAAAUCCUUCUUACGUCCAAAGGAAUCAGUUUGAAUCCCAUUACGUCUCUUUACUAUGUUGCACCAUGUUGCCUUGCUUUUCUCUCCAUUCCCUGGUUUUAUGUCGAAUUCCCCAUUGUCAGAGAGACUUCGUCGUUCCAUUUUAAUUUCCCAAUCUUGUCGUCCAACUCCCUCUGUGCCUUUGGGCUGAACCUGGCAGUCUUUCUUCUAGUCGGGAAGACCUCGGCG